GAAAUGGUGGAGCUGCGAUGAUGAUGAUGAUGAUGAUGAUGAGUGUGUCGCUGCAGCCGACUGAGAGAGAGGCAGCAGAACUGGGAGGGGAAACGACCAGCAGGCAGCUACAAGCGACAGCGACAACUUUAAAGACUUUGAGGGUCUCGUGCAUCAGCAGGUGAAGAUGAGCGACGCCAAUCAGCCCAAAGUUGAACUUUUCGUGAAGGCGGGGAGUGAUGGCCAGAGCAUCGGCAACUGUCCGUUCUCCCAGCGUCUCUUCAUGGUGCUGUGGCUGAAAGGAGUCACCUUCGACGUCACCACAGUGGACAUGAAGAGGAAGCCAGACAUCUUGAAGGAUCUGGCCCCGGGUGCCCAGCCUCCCUUCCUGUUGUACGGCAGCGAGGUGAAAACGGACACCAACAAGAUUGAGGAGUUCCUGGAGGAAAAUCUCUGCCCUCCGAAGUAUCCCCGUCUGGCCGCUCGUAACCCAGAAUCCAACACAGCUGGCAUGGAUGUUUUCUCUAAAUUCUCCGCCUACGUCAAGAACUCAAACCCUCAGACCAAUGAAAAUCUAGAGAAAGGCCUGCUGAAGGCUCUGAAGAAGCUGGACGACUACCUUGGCUCUCCACUUCCUGAUGAGAUCGACGAGAAUAGCGCCGAUGACGUCACUUCCUCGUCCCGCCCCUUCCUGGACGGCCAGGAGCUUACUCUGGCUGACUGCAACUUGCUGCCUAAGCUCCACAUCGUGAAGGUGGUGUGUUUAAAAUACCGAAACUUCAGCAUCCCUCAGUCUCUGACAAACCUCUGGAGGUACCUGAACGCAGCGUACGCAAGGGAGGAGUUUUCCUCCACCUGCCCGAUCGACAAUGAGGUCCACAUCGCCUACUCCUCUGUAGCUAAAGCUCUCAAGUAGGAGCACAGCAGGAUGCACAAGUCAUGAAAACACACAUUUACUCACCCGCACAUACACUCUGCAAGCAACUUGAUCGAUCUGUUUUUAAGAGGAUUUAAUUGCAUCUAUAUGGUAAUUUUUUUCAACUUUCUGAUCAGUUGUCAUUUGAUCAGAUCGAUGGAUGAGAGCUAUAUAUAUAUAUUCCUAAAGUGCUCCUAAUGAACGGUCCAGCUCCAAAAAUAGAAAAUCAGAACGUGGUGGCAGAUAUUUCAAUCGUGACGGCCCGCCACAAAUAAAUGAAUGUGUGGGAAACCCCGCACAUGCACCAAAAAAGUCAGCCAUGGCUAAAUUUAUUUUACCCGGAUGUUCGCCUCUGUAGAAAUGAUUGAUUGUGUUACUCGCAGACUCACACACACACACACACACACACACACACACUGUACAUGUUCACACACUUAAAACUACAGCCUUGCUUGUGUACAGUUUCACCAUCAGUAGAUGCACACUGUAAAGUUGUUUCUUGUUCCCUUCUCGAUUAUGUUUUCUACAAUAUAUCUUUGUAUGUUUUUAUGGAGAAUUUAACAGAUUCAAAGCUGCCAACCAGAUCAAACUUUCACUAAUACCUUGCAAGCCUCACACAAGCUGAUAAAAUUCUUAUAUUCAGUCUUGGUAUUAAGGAAGUGGGUUUUUUAUAGGUGACAAACAUGCAUACCAGCGCCAGCUCACCUGCCAAAGUGUCUUUUGCGGUUUGUAGUUACAGAUGCUUCACAUUGACUUUAAUAUUUUGUUACUGAGGGAGCAAGGCCUUUGACAGUUUAGGAGUGCAAAUAUUUUUUUAUAAACAGUUUCUUAUUCUACACCUCAGAGAGGAAGUGGGGUGCUUUUCCUCGGGGCCUGCAUACCGGGUCUCGCUAUAAGGAGGCAGAGCUGAAAACAGUUACACUGACAGGAAACUGUUUCAAUAGACUCGGGCUUCCCCUUUCUGCGCUCCCACAGCAGGCGCAAAGGAUUAUUCAAGAUUACCGAGCUUGUUUGUGAUCCGCUGUCGGGGCCUUUUGCCAAGCAUUUAUUUUGUUUUGCCUGUCAUGUAUGAAGGAUCCUUUUUAGUGUCAAAUUACAGAUUGUAUUGAUACUGUGGAUGAAGAUGUAAGAGCUGGUUUUAACUGCUAAAGUGCUGCACUGGAAGCACUUGUCCUGCAACUUCUGGUAGCUCGGGGCACAAGGCCUGUUCUGUCACAUGGGGAAGUUAAUGUAAACAUGCAGAAUCUUUAAAAAGAAAAUUGCACUCCCAUGAAAAGACCAACCCCCGAGGCACCCCUCAAACCUCCCGCUAGAGCAUCUCUUUAGAUUUAUGCAUGCCCUCUCUAGCCCUGGGUGAAAGAGGGAGCGACAGGGAAGCACCAGUGGGGAGGAAACAGUAAACUGUCAGAGUCACAGGGCUUGCACACACUGUACAGUGCCAGUGCCAGUGCCAGAAAAGAAACAAAAGGUGUGAAAGUUUGUCAUAAAUUGGGAGAAACAGGGCAGAAUUGUUGCCCUGGGAAGAAACAGGGAGAGAGCAAUGCCUAAGCAAGGUUGAAUACGGCUUAUGGUCUCUGGAAGACAGCUGGUUAACCCGCCGCAGCAGAGCAGGGUAAGCCGGGUGCCCCCAACCCAUGGGCCAACUCUCAAACCCCUGGUAGAGCGCCCCACCUGACUUAGGUGUAUGUAAUACAGUCAGCAAGGAGACAAGAUGUCCAUCAGCAACUGCGCCUGACUCAUGACGGCCCCAUGGCCGACUAUCACGUGUCAAUGGGGAGGGAACCGGCUGUAAUAAUUUUUU